AUGAUGCAGAUAUUCUUGAAUGGCGUGGUACCCAACUAUCUAACACCCCCUCAUCGACCGUUUCCGGAGGGUGUGUAUGGGCUGAAAGUACUCGAGUCCGCAGGUUGUGCAUUUGUGAAGUUCUCCAAUCACCAGGACGCGGUUGCAGCAAUUAGCGCACUCCACGGGAGUCAGACGAUGUCGGUAUGUAUUGGUGCCUCGUCCAGUCUUGUAGUCAAAUUUGCAGAUACAGAAAAAGAAAGACAACUUCGCAGAAUGCAACAAAUGGCCGGCCCACUUGGACUCCUCAAUCCCUUUGCCCUGAGCGGUUACAGCGCCACCUAUGCUCCGAUGGAAUCUCCGUAUGAACUGGCACGUGUAAGCUCAUUUGAGACUCUGGCACCACAGGUGAAUAUCUGUUUCUGCAGUAGUUUUGUAUUUUGCUC